AUCCCGUGAUGCCCUUCCAUCCGGGAGAGAAGCGCGUGCGCGGUAGAAGCUGGUAGAGGCCUUACAGGUUCAAAAGCUGUACCCCGUUUUCCCCUCCUUGAGGCAUUUCUGCCCCCUCGGAGGACGGGAAGAUGAGUAGCUCGGAAGAGGUAUCCUGGAUUUCUUGGUUCUGUGGCUUGCGUGGCAAUGAGUUCUUUUGUGAGGUGGAUGAAGAUUACAUUCAAGACAAAUUCAACUUAACUGGUCUCAAUGAGCAAGUUCCUCACUAUCGCCAAGCCUUGGAUAUGAUUCUUGACUUAGAACCUGAUGAAGAGCUUGAGGACAAUCCUAACCAGAGUGACUUGAUUGAACAGGCUGCUGAAAUGCUCUAUGGACUCAUUCAUGCCCGCUACAUUCUCACCAACCGUGGCAUUGCCCAAAUGCUUGAAAAAUACCAGCAAGGAGACUUCGGCUACUGUCCUCGAGUGUACUGUGAAAACCAACCUAUGCUUCCCAUUGGCUUAUCAGAUAUCCCAGGGGAGGCCAUGGUCAAACUAUAUUGCCCCAAGUGCAUGGAUGUCUACACUCCCAAAUCUUCCCGUCAUCAUCACACAGAUGGAGCUUAUUUUGGGACUGGUUUCCCUCACAUGUUGUUCAUGGUGCAUCCUGAGUAUCGGCCGAAACGGCCAGCCAACCAGUUUGUGCCCAGACUUUAUGGAUUCAAGAUCCACCCUAUGGCUUACCAGCUGCAGCUUCAGGCAGCCAGCAAUUUCAAGAGCCCAGUCAAAACUAUCCGUUGAUCUUCUGCAUCCAGGUGCCCAGGGUUUUUCCCCUGACAACUUCCUCUACCCCGGUCAGGCUUGCACCUCGUUGGAUUUUGGUGAUGUCCCCUGUGGACUGUUCUUUGUCACCUUACAGCCUGAUUUUAGUCCCAUUUCUGGUGU